GGAGCGGUAACAGCCCGGGGUCCGCCGUCCGUCCCUGAGCAGGGGGGGCUGCCCCCAGGGCGGGUUUGGGGAUCUAUGUGAUAAUGUUCUUCUGUCUCUUAAACUUCACAUCUGGAUCCCAAAAUAGCUGUAAUUUGGAGGAAACUAGUGAAUAUCCUGCUCCAUUAUGAGAAGACGUAAACCAGCGCAAAACAGUCUGGAAAAAGAUUUAUCCAAGAAAACUGAGAAGCAAAGACUAUUCUAUAAAACAGAGGAGAUUUAGAAUUUCAUAAGGUUUUGACUGUCUGGGUCUUAAAAAUGAACCGUUACACAAUCAUGAAACAACUUGGUGAUGGCACCUAUGGCAGUGUGUUGAUGGGGAAGAGCAAUGAGUCAGGAGAACUUGUGGCUAUCAAAAGAAUGAAAAGAAAGUUCUAUUCAUGGGAUGAAUGUAUGAAUUUGAGAGAAGUCAAGUCUCUGAAGAAGCUAAAUCAUGCCAAUGUUAUAAAAUUGAAAGAAGUCAUACGAGAAAAUGACCACCUUUAUUUUGUAUUUGAAUACAUGAAGGAAAAUCUCUAUCAAUUAAUGAAGGACAGAAACAAGUUGUUCCCUGAGUCAGUCAUCAGAAACAUGAUGUAUCAGAUAUUACAAGGGCUAGCUUUUAUCCAUAAGCACGGAUUUUUUCAUAGAGAUAUGAAGCCUGAAAAUCUUCUCUGUAUUGGGCCAGAACUUGUGAAAAUAGCAGAUUUUGGUUUGGCUAGAGAACUAAGAUCUCAGCCACCAUAUACAGAUUAUGUUUCUACCAGAUGGUACCGUGCUCCUGAGGUUUUGCUAAGAUCAUCUGUUUAUAGCUCACCUAUUGAUAUAUGGGCAGUUGGCAGCAUAAUGGCUGAGCUAUAUACACUAAGACCUCUUUUCCCAGGCACAGGUGAAGUAGAUGAAAUCUUCAAAAUUUGCCAAGUAUUGGGGACUCCAAAGAAGAGUGACUGGCCAGAAGGAUACCACCUUGCUUCUGCCAUGAAUUUCCGUUUCCCACAAUGUGUCCCUAUAAGCCUAAAAACUCUCAUCCCAAAUGCAAGCAACGAAGCAAUACAGCUUAUGAGUGAUAUGCUGAACUGGAAUCCAAAGAAGAGACCUACAGCAAGUCAGGCUUUGAAACACCCUUACUUUCAAGUUGGCCAAAUUUUAGGACCUCCUCCACAGUAUCUGGAGAAGCAGAGUCCUGUGAAACCACUUCAGCCAACAGAGCCAAAGCCAGCUUUACCUAAACUGGAAGUUAUAUCUCAGCCUGAACCUCAGUCUUCACCUGAUGGACCUGACAAAACAGAGCCACAGCCACUGUCAAAGGUUAACCAGCAGCCUCUCCAGCAAAUUCAGUUGCCACAGAAUACAACUAACCAGCAAGUACCAAAACAGCAGCAACCACAGGCAUUUUUUCCAACGAUCAAUAAAAACUCAGUGCCAAAUCCAGCAGCCAGUGGCCAUCAGAAUGGUGCAGUGGGUCCUAAAAGCUACAGAAGAAGAUGGGGACAGACUUUGAUAAAGGCUGUGGAUAGCUGGGACGAUUUGGAUGACAAUGAAUUUGGAAUGUCAUGUUCAAAGAAGCCUAGUAUUGCACUGUUAAAAGAAAAGAAAACCAAGGAAUGUCUUUUUAGUGUGCCAGAACCAAAAGCUUCAUGCUGUAUCCAGCCAGGAGGAGAAAAUAAAGUUCUGAUGAGAAAUGAUUCAGCAUCAGCAAAACAGUACUACCUAAGACAAUCGAGAUAUCUACCUGGUGUAAACUCUAAGAAUGGCUCUUUAGUAGCAGUCAAUAAAGAAGGAUCACAUGGAAACUGGAACAACCAGUUGUUCUCUAAGCCACUGGCACACACUGGAGGAGGACUAUCUUUCAGCAGAAAUAUUGCAGAUGAGAACUUACUUAUACCUAUUGAAAAGCUAUCAUGCAAAGAAAGGUUGAAUGAAAAAUUAGAGGAUCCAAAAGGAAAUCCUGGCUUUGUAAGUGGUACUGGUUACAGCUCAUCAGGAGUAUAUAUCCCUUCCUUUCAUAAAAAAGAAGUUGGAUCAGCUGGACAACGGAUACAGCUAGCUCCUCUUGGUGCACCUGUAUCAGAUUAUUCCUGGAAAACCAGAGCUGCUCGUGCUCAGUUACCAGGACCUGCUUUCAAUUCAGCAGCAAAAAACGUGAUGAUUUCAACUCGCUCACCAACAAUUCAGCCAGUACAUGGAAGAACAGACUGGGUGGCCAAAUAUGGAGGAAACAGAUAGAAAAUGCUAUCCUCUCUAUAUAUAAAAAGUGAGCUGUGUCAUUUCUCCUGCACUGGAAACCUGAAAUGCCUAUUUGCUCUAAUUUUACCUAAGGCUGUGCAAUACUAAAGAAGAAAAAAAGACCUUGUCUUCUAUUACCUAUGGAAGAAAAAUACAGUACUAUGUCAAAUACUGGCUAUAAAGCAGGAUUUAUUGUAGUGUUGUGUAACACAUAUUGCCAAAACUACUGAUAAUUAGAUUUCACUUUACAUUUUUCUAUAGGUGGAUCUCCUGUCCUUAUACUCCUAAAAAAAAAAAGAAACAACAACCUGCUAUGGUUGUUUGCCCAGUGCAAUGCCCACUAGUGGUAUAGGUUUGCUUCUGUGUACAAAAGUAGCCACAAGCAGAGCUAAAGCAGAGCAGCACCAGGCCUUCACUUUUUAGCCUGAUUCCUCACCAGAGAGUGAAAGCACAGAUCAGGCAGGUGAAGAACACCACGCUCCUAUACAUGGCUUUCAAAACUCACUUUUACCUCAGUUACUUAGAGUCUGUAAUGUGCAAAGAGCUUGUAAUAGCAGUAAGAACUUGUUGUAGUAGGACUUGAGCAAUCCACUGGUAAAUACUACACAAGGACUGUCUAGAAACUUGGCCCAUAAGUGGCUAUAGAAUGAUAUCGCAGUAUAGGAAAAAAAAUAAGUACUUCAUGCUAGACUUACCUCACCAAUCUGUGGUGAAGCCUAAAAAUUAGAUUCUACUGUUAUAAUUAAGUUGUGGCCAUUAUUGGUCAAAGAUCUGUAGAAAUUUUGAUCUGUCCUUUCAAGGAAAUGUCACACCGACAAUCUAAGGACCCCGAAUCAGUGGAGUCUGUCAGUCAUUUUAAGGGUGAACUGGCCAAAAAGGCAUAAAUUUUCUGUAAACUCCUAUUUCUACAUGUUAGUCAAACUAAACUACAGAAAUUGAAUGAGGUAUGUGAGGGAGAAUAUUGGGCUGUUCUUCAAAGAUGUUGCUUUCUGAUUUAGAUCUUCAAGGCCAACUUAGUUACUAAAACUACACAAACUUUAAUAAUGCAAUACCUCAAUGUUUAUAUGCUCAUUCAGUACGUUUAGAGACAUAUAUGCUAUAUUUUAUAGUAAUAUCCCAAAAAAGACUUUGCAAUGUAAAUUGUUUUUAGGUUUUUGAGCUAGCUUCAUUCUUUUAACAGCUGCAUUUAGAAUAGAUGCUUUAGACUUGGUGUUAAUAUUAACCCUGCCAUUUUAAAGUACAAAAUCAGUGUAUUCUUUAAAGAUGUAAAGCUGUUAAUGAUUAAGCAUUGUAAAAAAAUGUAUUUGGCUUUUAUAACUGCAUAUUAAAAUAUAAAAUCUGGGCCAUAAUAUAAGGGUUACAGUUACUUAGUGGAAAUAAUUUCAUCUCAAUAGUUGUACCAAAAAAUCAAGUAUUUUGUUAUGAAAAUUGCACUUAAAGCAAAUGCUGCUUUAAUACUGAAGAAGUU